AUGGAGCCAACCACAGCUGAACCUAAAACCGAUGUAGGGUCGGCCAGUGUGCAGUCUGAAGAGCUCCGCCGCCGCAAGAAGGGCAUGAAAUGCUUAGCAUAUGUAGCUGCUUUCGCCAUUUUCCUGACUGCCAUUAUACUAGCCUUGGCAGUAACUGUCAUGAAUAUCAAGAAUCCUAAGUUUAGGCUCCACUCCAUUGACGUUGAGGAUCUCAGUUUGAGCCCCUCCACCACACCUCCAUCCUUCAGCAUGAGACUUGAUGCAGAACUAGCUGUCAAGAACACAAACUUUGGUCACUACAAGUACGAAAACAGCACCAUUACACUGGCCUAUAGAGGCACCAAGGUUGGAGAGGCCUUGAUUUCCAAAGGUAGAGCAAGGGCAAGAUCCACCAAAGAGAUUGAGGUAACUGUGGAUGUGACUUCAAGCAACGCAUCAAUUAAUUCAAACUUGGCCAGUGAUUUAAAUUCCGGGAUUUUGACCCUGACCAGCCAUGGAGAACUGAGUGGGAAGGUGCAUCUGAUGGAGGUGAUCAAGAAGAAGAAAGCCCCACAAAUGAAUUGCAACAUCAACAUUGAUUUGGUCAAGAAAGAGAUCCAAGAUUGGAACUGCAAUUAA